AAUAGGGUAGACACUGAGAAGCGGAAGGUUGUUUCUGAAUUUGAAGAAGUAAAAAAGUUUCUGGAACAGCAAGAGAAAAACAUGCUAAAUGAAUUGGAAGAACUUGCGAAAGAGGGGGAGAAAUUUGUCACCAAACUCUCUGGUGAUGUCUACUUCAGUGAUACCCUCAUCCAUGAGAUGGAAGAGAAAAGUCGGCAGCCACCCACCACAUUCCUGCUGGGUAUUGAAGAAACCUUGAACAUGUGCAAGGUGGAAUUCCAGCAACAGCAUGUUUUUUCUGGACUGGAGAAAAAGCUUAAUGCCUUCUCUAAAAAGCACCUGAUUCUGCAAGAGACUGUGCGAGUGUUCAGAGAGGAUUUGCCACAACAACUGGAGGUGAACAAUGUGACCCUGGAUCCAGACACUGCUCACUGCAAUCUCAUGGUAUCCGAUCGCCAGAAAAAACUGACAAGUACAAAGAAUAAGCGUGUCUUGACUGACUAUCCCCAGAGAUUUAUCUUUUCGCCUUGCGUGCUGGGCUGUGAAGCGUUCACCUCAGGGAGGCAUUACUGGGAGAUGGAUGUAGGGAAAGAGGGAUAUUGGGCUGUGGGGGUGGCCAGAGAAUCUGUGGAGAGGAAAGAAUACAUCCAAAUAAAAUCAGAUGAGGGCAUUUGGGCUUUGGAAAAGGCAUGUAGUAGUAGCCUUACAGCUGACAGCGUCACACUACAAUGUAACCCUGCCUGUCUUAGGACAAUCGGUAUUUACCUGAAUUACGGCAAAAACAGGGUGUGUUUUUUUGAUGCCCAAAGGAGGAAUAUUCUACACACUUUCCAUUCAGCCUCUUUCAAGGACGAGAAAAUCCGUCCUUUUUUCUGGCUGAAAAAUGGGGAUAGAGCUCAAGCACAAUGUUGGAUUUGGUUAAGUUACUGACAGUGAGAUACAAAUGCAACAAUGACUGCUUCUGUUAUUUGAAAAGCAUUUAAUAGCAUAUGCUGAGUUUUUAAUUGACCUCAGAACUAUAUUUUGCCCUGGCUGACAGUUGUUUUAAAUGUAUACUGUCUUUAUAUGUUGUCUGUUUUUAUGCUUUUAUGGUUUUAAAUUUUGUAUAUUGAUUUUUAAAGUCCAAAGUUUUAAUUUUUGUAAACCGCCCAGAGAACUUCAGCUAUUGGGUGGUAUAUAAAUGUAAUAAAUAAUUAAAUGUA